AUGGCCACGGGGGCAGCGCGAACAGCGGUGCUGCUCCCGCACCGCGUCGGGUGCUGCAAAGCGGGCUCGCUGCUGGCGUCCAUCCCCGGCCUGCGCAGCGCUUCGACGACGACGCCUUCAGUCAUUCAACAUCCACUCUUUUCGCCCGCCAGAAGCUACAGCUCGAAGCCCUCUGGGCAAAUCAUCACACCUUUGUGCGCCCGCGCUUUCGGUACCGGGUUACGACCGACAACAUCCUCUCGAAACCCUCAAAUCCCCAUCUCCAUCGCCGUUGUGCGCUAUUUCUCGGCCGGAUUACGCGCCCAGAAAGAUAUCCCCGCCCCGACAAAACUUGAAACAACAAAAGAAGACGAGCAUGGCUCCAGACGGACUGAGCCGAUGGAAAAUCCGGAACAUGACGACUUCCAGAAGAGCGAGAGAGCGGCCAAAGCGGCCCAGGUCAACCUGAGUGCGAAGCUGUCAAAGGAGGGCAAGACUCAGGGUAAGGCUGGAUUCUCCGAGAUCUGGCGAUUGAUCAAGAUCGCGCGUCCGGAGCUGAGGUGGCUGGGGCUCGCCAUGGUCUUCCUCGUGAUUUCGUCCAGCGUCACCAUGUCUAUUCCCUUUUCCGUCGGCAGAAUUCUCGACAUCGCAACCAAGGACCCGUCAGAAGAUGCCCGUUUGUUUGGUCUGACCAUGCCACAGUUCUUCAUGGCUCUGGGCACCAUUCUGACGAUCGGGGCCAUGGCUAACUUUGGUAGGGUGAUUCUUCUCCGCAUCGUCGGCGAGAGAGUGGUCGCCCGGCUGCGAUCCCAGCUGUACAGGAGAACCUACGUACAAGAUGCCGAGUUCUUCGACGCGAAUCGUGUGGGAGACCUCAUCUCUCGCCUCAGCUCGGAUACAGUCAUUGUGGGCAAAUCCAUCACCCAGAACAUCAGCGACGGUUUGAGAGCCUUGUUCAGCGGAGGUGCCGGCUUCGUGGUCAUGGUUUGGUUGAGCCCGAAGCUCACCGGCCUUCUGCUCAUUAUGCUGCCGCCGGUCGCCGUCGGGGCCUUCUUCUACGGUCGUUCGAUCAGGAACAUCAGCAAGGGGAUCCAGAAGAACCUGGGCACACUGACCAAAAUCGCGGAGGAGCGUCUCGGGAACGUCAAGACCAGCCAAGCAUUCGUCGGCGAGGUUCAAGAAGUCUCUCGGUACAACCGCCAGGUCAAGAAGAUUUUCGCCCUCGGCAAGAGAGAGUCGACGGUCGCCGCGACGUUCUUCGCCUCGACGGGUUGGGCCGGCAACAUGACGAUUCUCGCCAUGCUGAUCGUUGGAGGCAACUUUGUGCGCAACGGUGCCAUGACCUUGGGAGAUCUCACGUCAUUCAUGAUGUACACGGCCUUUGCGGGUUCCAGCCUGUUUGGCCUCUCGUCGUUUUACUCGGAACUGAUGAAGGGGGUCGGCGCCGCCAGCCGUCUGUUCGAGCUCCAGGACAGGAAGCCAGGCAUCUCGCAGACCGUGGGGCUCAAAGUCCAGUCAGCGCAGGGCCCUAUCCGCUUCUCAAACGUAUCCUUCGCUUAUCCCACGCGCCCGGCCGUCAAGAUCUUCAACGACCUCAACUUCGAGAUCCCCUCCGGUAGCAACGUCUGUGUCGUGGGGCCCUCUGGCGGAGGGAAGUCAACCGUCGCGGGUCUUUUGUUGCGCUUCUACAACCCUACGUCUGGUUCCAUUACCAUCAAUGGCGUGGACAUAUCCAAGAUGAACAUCAAGUCGCUGCGACGUCGCAUUGGCAUGGUGGCGCAGGAGCCUGUUCUGUUCUCCGGCACUAUUGCGGAGAACAUAUCCUACGGGAAGCCCAACGCCAGCAGAGCCGAGAUCGUUGCGGCAGCCCGCAAGGCGAACUGCAACUUCAUUAGCGAUCUUCCCGCUGGCUUGGACACACAGGUCGGCGCCCGGGGAUCGCAGCUGUCUGGCGGUCAAAAGCAGCGCAUUGCCAUCGCGCGCGCUCUGAUCAAGGACCCCGAUAUUCUCAUUCUGGAUGAGGCAACGUCCGCAUUGGAUGCCGAGUCCGAGACUCUUGUCAACGCUGCUCUGGCGUCGCUGCUCAAGGGCAGGAACACGACGAUUUCGAUUGCACACCGACUGUCGACGAUCAAGCGAUCCGACCUAAUCAUUGUCCUCUCCAACGACGGCAGAGUCGCCGAGAUUGGCAAAUACACCGAGCUCUCGGCCAACCCAGAGAGCGCAUUCAGCAAGCUCAUGGAGUGGCAGAUGAGCGGCGGCGAGAUCCCCGAGUCCCGUAGCGACCGAGGCCACAUCACCGAAGAGGAAGAGAUUGAAUCGGACCUUGAACGCGAAGAGGUCGAUGAGGAGGAUGUCGACGUCGACACUAGUAGCAAAAAGGAGAAGGCUGGCGAGGAGCAGAGGUAA